UAGGCGCUCGCCCUCCGGCCGGGAAGCAUGGGGCCGUCCGGGCUCAUCUACGCCCUCCUGCUCGCCUCCUGCUGCUGCUGUCGCCGCGCCGCGGGUGUGCCCGGAGAGGCGGAGCCCCCCGAGCCGGAGCUGGUGGAGGCGGAAGUGGGCGGUACGGCGCUUCUCAAGUGCGGCCCCUCCCAUUCCCCGGGCAACUUCAGCCAAGUGGACUGGUUUUCUGUGCACAAGGAGAAGCCGACGCUCAUCUUUCGAGUGCGCAAGGGCCAGGGCCAGAGUGAACCCGGGGAGUACCAGCAGCGGCUCAGCCUCCAGGACAGAGGGACGACGCUGGUCCUGAGCCACAUCACGCCCCACGAUGAGCGCAUCUUCCUGUGCCAGGCCAAGCGCCCUCAGUCCCACGAGCACCGCAUCCAACUCCGUGUCUACAAAGCUCCGGAGGAGCCGACCAUCCAGGUCAAUGCCUUGGGCAUCUCGGUCAGCAGUAAGGAGCCUGAGGAGGUGGCCACCUGUGUGGGGAGAAAUGGGUACCCCGUUCCUCAAGUCAUCUGGUAUAAGAAUGGCCACUCCCUGAAGGAGGAGAAGAACCGGGUCCACAUUCAGUCAUCCCAGAUCGUGGAGUCAAGUGGUCUGUACACCUUGGAGAGCGUUCUGAAGGCCCAGCUGGUGAAGGAAGACAAAGAUGCCCGGUUUUACUGCGAGCUCAACUACCGGCUGCCCAGCGGCAACCACAUGAAGGAGUCUCGGGAAGUCAACGUCCAGGUUUUCUACCCGGCGGAGAAGGUGUGGCUGGAGGUGGAGCCCGUGGGGGCGCUGAAGGAAGGCGACCGCGUGGAAAUCAGGUGUUUGGCGGACGGCAACCCCCCGCCCCACUUCACCAUCAGCAGACAGAACCUCGGCACCAAGGAGAUGGAGGAGAUGACACCCGAAGACAACGGGGCCCUGGUCUUGGAGUCUGCCCAGAAGGAGCAUAGUGGGCUCUAUCAGUGUCAGGGUCUGGACUUGGAAACCAUGGCUUCGCUGCUGAGCGACCCACAGGAGCUGCUGGUGAACUACGUGUCUGAUGUGCGGGUGAGCCCUGCAGCCCCGGAGAGCCAGGAGGGCGGCAGCCUCACCCUCAGCUGUGAGGCAGAGAGUAACCAAGCCGUGGAGUUCCAGUGGCUGAGAGAGAAGACAGGCCAGGUGCUGGAGAAGGGGCCUGUGCUCCAGUUCCACGACCUGAAGCGCGAGGCAGGGGGAGGCUACCGCUGCAUGGCAUCCGUGCCCAGCGUCCCGGGCCUGAACCGCACGCAGCUGGUCCACGUGGCCAUUCUUGGGUCCCCAUGGAUGACAUCGAAGGAGAGGAAGAUGUGGGUGCGAGAGAAUGAGGUGCUGAAUCUGUCUUGCGAAGCCUCGGGACAUCCCCGGCCCAGCAUCUCCUGGAGCGUCGCGGGCACGGCCCAGGAACAAGACCAAGAUCCGCAGGGCGUCCUGAGUGUCCUGAGUGUCCUCGUGACCCCAGAGCUGUUGAGGACGGGGGCUCAGUGCGUGGCAUCCAACUCCCUGGGCAGAAACACCACCACCAUUUUCCUGGAGCUGGGUAAGGGCUUCAUCCUGCGGCCCUCCAGCAGAAGCACUGGCCUGGGCACCUCCACUGCCAGCCCCUCCGUCCGAGCCAACGGCACCUCCACAGAGAAGAAGCUGCCGGAGCCUGAAAGCAAGGGCGUGGCCAUCGUGGCCGUGACUGUGUGCGUCCUGGUCCUAGCCGUGCUGGGUGCCAGCCUCUAUUUCUUCUACAAGAAGGGCAAGCUGCCGUGCGGGCGGUCGGGCAAGCAGGAGAUCACGCUGCCCCCGUCUCGUAAGAGCGAAUUUGUAGUUGAAGUUAAGUCAGAUAAGCUCCCAGAAGAGAUGGGCCUCCUACAGGGCAGCAGCGGUGACCAGAGGGCGCCCGGAGACCAGGGAGAGAAAUACAUCGAUCUGAGGCACUAGCCCGCCCAGGACCCUGAGCGCCCUUCCCGCCCAGAGUGUUUUCUGCUCCCCGCUCACCCCCUCCCUCCCAACGCUCAGGACGAUCGCCAAAGCCUUCGAAGCGGGCUGUGGAGAAGGCCCCUGCCCCAGUUGGCCUGCAGGCCCCAUUUCAGAGGGCUGAGUCAGCCCGAGAGGGUCCUCUUCGGGGACCGGCCCGCCACUGUCUCACUGUUGGGUGAUGCUCACCGCAGGGAGGGGCCU